UUGGAAUGUUUUCUGUAUGGGCAUUUCUUUAUCCGAGUAAGCAUCAAAAGAUUUCGAUUAUUAUAUUCGCAGUAAAUUAAUCGUCGUUAUUAAUCAUGUAUUUAUAUUUCCGUAAAAGUUUCGAUAUGGAGAGUUAGAUUUAUGAAAACGAGUGGUUCGUACAUGAAAAAACACCGAAAUUUACAAAUUUUAGGAGUAUUCAUAGUUGCUGUAUUUGGCGGAAUCGCUUUAGCAAUAUCUGAAAAAUAUAUUUUAACUCCUCAUGGAAUAAUUGGAAUAGCAAUAUUUUUUACGAUGGGUUUGCAAAUCGUAUUAGGACUUUUUAAUAUGUGGAGUCUUAUAAAUGUUGAAUCAGUUAAUGUGGGAAUGUUAAGAUUAUUAAAACGUAUUCAUUGUGUUCUCGGAGUUCUGAUAAUCGUCCUCUCUUUAAUAAACGUAUAUAUUGGGUUAAAAGAAUACGCUCAACGAUUUUUGGUUAGGAAACUUUGGUCUACCCUUUAUUUAGUAUGGAUAGGAAUAUUAAUACUUAUAUUUGUUGCAAGUGAAAAUUUAAUUAGAAUAAGAGAGAUAAAAUUUCGAUAUAAUAAAAUUGACACCAAUCACCCGAAGCAACAAUUACGUAAUUAUGUUAAAGAUUAUGAUCAAUUACCAAUGUUAACAUUAGACGAAUUUAAUCAGAGAGUAAUCCGUGGAAUGAAAUUAGUUAUCGUGGGAAAUAUGAUAUUCGAUAUAAGUAAGUGGAUAAAAUAUCAUCCCGGAGGAGCGAAAAUCUUACAAAGGGUAAUAGGAACCAACAUUACUCGUGACUUUUUUGGUAACAAUAAUAAUAGCAGUGAUCAAUCAGAAAGUAAUUUUGGAGAUGAUGAAUAUGUAUAUAUGUCAGAUCAAGAACAAAAGAAAAAUCAGAGUGAUAUGAUGAGAAGAAAUAACAACAAAAAAAGGGGUAUGAGUGAAACUUUAGCAAAUUUUAUCGAUGUUAGUAAUAUUAAUAAAACUUUGGGGAGGAAGUCGAGUAGAGUUUCUGUACAUGGUCAUUCAAGAUUUGCGACAGAAAAAUUGGCUACUAUGGUAGUUGCUAUAUUAUCCGAUGAAAAUGAAAAAAGUUUUACUCCUUUUAUUCCGCAACAAUAUAGACAACAUUAUUCUAGUAGUUACUAUCAACCCCCUCCUCAAGUUGACCCUCCUAAUUUAUCACCAAGUAUUUUUCAUAGAUGUAUAAUAACAAAUAUUGAGAUAGUAACAAAUAAUUUUCUAACGGAUUCUCCUAUAGUUAAAAAAUUUAAUUUGAGACCAAUUCAUAAAAAUGAUAAUUUUCCUUAUAGGAAAUUUAUUCCAGGAGAUUAUAUUGAAAUUAUGUGUGAUAUUGAUAAUCAAAAGAUUAUUAGACAUUAUUGUCCUUUAUUACAUGAAUUCUCUGAUGAAUAUCAAGAAGAUAAAAAUAUUAAUGAAAAUAAAGUGGAUAGAAUGUUUUGGAUAUUAGUAAAAAUCUAUAAAGAUGGAUUUAUGUCUAAAUAUCUGGAUAAACAACUGAAAAAUUUUGAAAUAUCAGUUAGAGGUCCAUUCAAUUUAUCGGAUAAUGUUAUUCCAAAUAAUCAACCAUUAUCUAUUUCUAAUUGUAUUCUCUUAAAUCCAAAUAAUCCAAAUGGAUGUUGGGAUAAUUUAUUUAUGAUUUGUGGUGGUUCUGGUAUAACUCCAAUGUUACAAUUGAUCCAUUAUCAUUUGAAAGAAUUUGAAAAUAAGUUACAACAGCAUCAAUAUUCUACAACAAGUUUUAAAUUACAUUUAUUAUUUGCAAAUGAUUCUUUUGAUGAUAUUAUUUAUCCAAGACAUUUAGAUAUGAUAUUACUGUUGCAAAACCUACUCAAAUAAUUUAUUAUCCUCAACAACAACAACAACUUACUGGAAGUAGUUUUGAUGAUUAUAA